AUGAACCCUUCGCUUCUAAUUAGCAUCAACUUUUUUGUUCUAAAUUGCUUUGCUCUUGUUAUUCCACAUUUUGUCAAUUCAGAAACACCCCGAAUCAACGAUCGAGUCGUGGCUGCAAAUAUUCGAGAUCAGGCAGAAUCUCAAAAAACUAAUCUUGAACAGCCUGUCACCAAGUACCUAAGAGAGCGACUGCAAAAAGGCUUAGAAACAAUUAAUUCCCAGGGUUCACAGGAUUCGUUUAAUGCAAUUAUCGCUGACUCGAAAUGGGAUCCAAAGGAUGGAAAGGGAAUCGACUAUAUUGCGUUGAAAGAAAGCAAGGAGUUAGGUACAAUGACCGACAAAGUAAGAUCGCGACUUCUCGAUCAUGAAUUUGCAAUCUUAAUACCAAAAAAGGAUGUCGCUUCGGACACAAUAGUGACACUACCAGAAAACUAUUAUGUCUUCAUUUUCGAUACUCAUGAACAAGCCUCGCUCACAGGCUCGAAUGAAAUCACAAAGCGCGGGAUCUUCAAGGUACUUUCGCGCCAUGCUUUAAAGAAAGCUUACACUUAUAGUAGAUUGAACGAAACCUUCCAAAGCUUGGCUAUAGAACCUACUCUUACUAGUGAAUACGCGGGAAGGUUCUUGGUCGUGCCUAGGGAAAAGGCUCUGGAGACUUACAAGGAAUUGAGAAUGAAGGUAAAAAAGGCUGGCCUGCAUUUGUUGUACCUCCCGACAAUGCUAGUCAAUGUCAUUAAUGUUCAUUCACAACAAGACACUCAUUUUGAUUUCUCACAAAAGACAAGCACAACGGCGAAAAGAAAACGAAACGAAGAGUAUAGCAUUACGGCGUAUGCUUUACAAAAAUUAGGCAAUAAUAGGGAUUACGAAACCUCCACGGGCGCAUCUUCCCUCAUGGACUCAAAGCAUCGCAUCUAUGAAGAUGGAAUCGUUUUGAAGAGGGACAAUACUGAAGGUGCUGUUGGCGCUAUCGAUACCAAUGCCAUGAUCGGAAUUGGAAACGUUCUAAGUCUAUCAUCGGAAGAACCGGCGGCUGAAGAAGAGGAAUGCUCUCCUGUGACUUGGUACACAAUAUUCCAUCACAGUGUUUUUGGCACACCUAAAUUAUGCCAAGAUCCUUAG